UAGCCGCCGCCGCAGCUAUUCUCCUCCCCUCCCCUCCCCUCCCCUCCCCUCGACUUCGACGGCGUCGUGACAGCUUGACCACCGUCCCGAGUCCCGUACCCACCGCGACGCAUCCGCCCCGCUGCUGCCAAGCCAUACUGCUGCCAACUCCGGUCCCGCAGGAUUUCCCCUGAACCUUACCUGACCCGGAGCCCCCGUCGGCGGCCGCGAUGAUAAAGAGGCGCUACUUCAGGCAGGACCACGGCGACAAUAGCGCCUCCUCGUCUUCCUCCUCGUCGGGUUCGGACUCGGACCGAGACGUGGCGGAAGAGGCGGAGACCGAUGACGAAGUAGAGCAGCAAGAAGUGGAACAAGUGGAAGCGGUCGGGGAGGAAUCGGGAGAAGAGGAGGAAAAGGAGUUGGAGCAACAAAUUCAGGAAGAAAGUUCAGGCUACCAAAGUGAGGAGAGCUCUGGGAAUGUUGUUGAUAGUCCAUCAGUAGUUUCAGAUGAUGAUCACAGCAGCCCAAGAGAUCAAGAAUGCCAUGAAAUAAGUUUGCCUGUUAAGAAAUCUUCUCGAGCUAAUGCUGACUCUGCCAAGAGCGGUGCUAACACAGAUGAUGCUGUUGAAGCAGAUUUUGCUAACUACAUUCUGAAGUGCAAAUCUGUGUAUAAGUGCAAGCUCUGUCCAAGGAUCAUGUGCCUAAAUGAGGAGAUGGUUAGGGUACAUCUCAAAUCAAAGAGGCAUGCUCGGUCCAAGAAACUACUAGGAGAAGGGAGGCUUAAGCUGAUGCUCAACAGUGAUGGUGAGCUGGAGGAAGAGGAAGAGACACAUGCUGAACGACAUGCUCGAACUAUAGCUCUCGCUCAGCAAGUACAGAAACCAAAGAAGGAUUCUGGAAGGCAGCGGCAAAAUCGGAGAAAGAAGAGGUCUCGGAAUCAUCAGGAGAAGAAACAAGAGGCACAAGGCUCUAAUAAAAAGCAGCGCAAAGCUAAAGGAUGAAGCGGGUUCCACAGAAACUGUACUCAGAUGUUUUUGCUGGUUGCAGCUUCAGCUGUUCUGAAACUUCUAGUAAUGAGAUCGUUAUGGUAUUCAAAGUGUUUUCUGCUUGGUUGUACCUUCUGUUUCAACCCAAGUUGGUUAUAAUUUGUUGAAACUGAAAGGUUGAAUUGAAAUGGAGAAGAAGACUUGCUGUUCACACUAA